AUGUCAUUAUUUUCUCUUCGAUUUACCUUUUCUUUCUUUCUAUCAACUAUCUACCAGAAUUUCUUCAAUAUCUAUCUAUCUAUCUAUCUAUCUAUCUAUCUAUCUAUCUAUCUAUCUAUCUAUCUAUCUAUCAAGUUAUUGCAAUCUUUUCCUUAUCUAUCUAUCUAUCUAUCUAUCUAUCUAUCUAUCUAUCUAUCUAUCUGGUUAUUGAUAUCUAUCUAUCUAUUUAUCUAUCUAUCUAUCUAUAUGUCUAUCUAUCUAUUUCUAUAUUUUUUUGUUUAUUCGUCUAUUUAUUUGUGGCGGGACGAAAAUACCAAGCCCAACGAAACUUAUCUAAUCUAUCAAAUUAUCUCCCUUGCUCUCUCUUUCUUAUUUGCUGUCUCUUUCUCACUCUCCCUUUCUUAUUUCCUGUCUCUCUCUCUCUUAUUUUCUGUCUCCCUCUCACUCUCUCUCACACACACACACGCACACACUAUUUUAUUUUCUGUCUCUCUCUCUCUUUUCUCUCUCUCUCUUUUCUCUCUCUCUCUCUUUUCUCUCUUUCACCCCCCUCUCUCUCUCUCUCUGUUAUUUCCGGUCUCGCUCUCUUCUGUCUCGCUCUUAUUUACUGUUUCUCUCGAUUUCCUAUUUUCUGUCUCACUCUCUCUCUCUUAUUCUCUGCCUUUCUGUCUGUCUAUUAUUUUCUGUUCCCCCCUCCCUCUCUCUCUCUCUCUCUCUCUCUUCUCUCCCCCUUCUCUCUCUGUUAUUUCCGGUCUCGCUCUCUUAUAUUCUCUCUCUCUUUCUUAUUCUCUGCCUUUCUGUCUGUCUCUUAUUUGUUGUCUGUCUUUUUCACUUUCUUAUUUUCUGUCUCUCUCCCUCUCUUAUUUUCUGUGCCUUUCUCUUAUUGUCUGUUUCUCUCUAUCUCACUCUUUUACUUUCUGUCUAUCUGUCACUCUCUUUUCUGUCUGUCUGUCUGUCUCUCCGAUAUUUCUAGUCUCGCUCUCUUAUUCUCCGCCCCUUUCUCUUAAUUUUUAUCUCUCUCUCUCUCUCGUAUUUUCUGUCUCUCUCACUAUAUUUUCUGUCUCUCUCUUAUUCUCUUAUUUUCUGUCUCUCUCACUCUCUUAUUAUUUUUCUGUCUUUUUGUCUCUUUCUCUCUCUCUCUCUCUCUCUCUGUUAUAUUCUGUCUCUCUCAGUGUCUCAUUUUAUGUCUGUCAGUCUCUCUCUUAUUUUCUGUCUGUCUCUUAUUUUUCUGUCUUUUUGUCUCUUUCUCUCUCUCUCUCUCUCUCUCUCUCUCUCUCUCUCUGUUAUAUUCUGUCUCUCUCUCAGUGUCUCAUUUUAUGUCUGUCAGUCUCUCUCUUAUUUUCUGUCUGUCUCUUAUUUUUCUGUCUUUUUGUCUCUUUCUCUCUCUCUCUCUCUCUCUGUUAUAUUCUGUCUCUCUCAGUGUCUCAUUUUAUGUCUGUCAGUCUCUCUCUUAUUUUUUCUGUCUGUCUCUUAUUUUCUGUCUUUUUGUCUCUUUCUCUCUCUCUCUCUCUCUCUCUCUCUCUCUCUCUCUCUCUCUCUGUUAUAUUCUGUCUCUCUCAGUGUCUCAUUUUAUGUCUGUCAGUCUCUCUCUUAUUUUCUGUCUGUCUCUUAUUUUUCUGUCUUUUUGUCUCUUUCUCUCUCUCUCUCUCUCUCUCUCUCUCUCUCUCUCUGUUAUAUUCUGUCUCUCUCAGUGUCUCAUUUUAUGUCUGUCAGUCUCUCUCUUAUUUUCUGUCUGUCUCUUAUUUUUCUGUCUUUUUGUCUCUUUCUCUCUCUCUCUCUCUCUCUCUCUCUCUCUCUGUUAUAUUCUGUCUCUCUCAGUGUCUCAUUUUAUGUCUGCCUUUUCCUCUUUUUCCUGUUUCCUCUUUCUGUCUUUGCUUUCGUAUGUUCCCGGCAGUUUUCUUUCUUUUUUAUCUUCUUUUUGUUCUUUUUUUUUCAUUCAGAAUUUCUUUCUUUUUACUCGUCAAAGACCUUUCUCUCUGUUGCCUUUUACUGUAA